UUCUCCUCUCCUCCCUCCACUGCUCAGCAGGCUUUGCCUCCACUCCCAUCACCAAGAUGCCCAACGGAUGCUGCGGCGGUGGCAAUAAUUACUCCGUGUGCUGCUACAGCAGCCCCAAGACCUGCAAGAGGCCCAUGUGCUGCACCCCCAUGCAGUGCUGCAGCCCCUGCUGCACCCCCUGCUGCAUGCCCAUGCAGUCCUGCUGCAUGCCCAUGUCCUGCUGCUACACCAUCAGCAGCAACAACAGCAGCUGCUGCGGCGGCAGCAGCAGCGGCGGCUGCUGCGGCAGCAGCUGAGCCCGCCCGGCUUCUUCCCUCUUGGAUGUGGCUGUGGAUAACGCCCCGAACGCUCCUGCUCCUGUGCUCAGAGACCGUAGAACCCCUCCUCAUCACCUGCCUUCCCUCACCUGGUGCUUGUGAUGUGCCCUGAAGCCGCGGCCCGGCGACUUUCUGCCGUGGGCGCUGGUCCUGCUCUUCGUUUUCCUCUUGGUGUGUGGGAUGUUUCACUCCUUCGUCGCUGUUUUGCCCCGAUCUGUCUGAUAAAAACAAACCCCAAAACCCAAUAAAAUCUGU